AUGCAUGGUUCGACGGCAGACCGCAAACUAGAUGUUGGGUCUGUUGAUGAUCGGGAAGGGCCUCCAUACCACUGGAAGCAAAUACUAGUACCCGGAGAACUAAAGAGUAACCCGUCUGCCGACAUCGCCUACAAAGCUUGGAUCGACCUUGGGAGAUAUGCGAGGGAAGUGCUCGCCGCACAGGACACCCGACGCUUUGUGAUGGGCUUCACGCUCUGUGGAUCUCUCAUGAGAGUGUGGGCCUUUGACCGGCUUGGAGCCCUCGCAUCAGAGCAGUUUGACAUCAACAAAGACGGCCUGCAGUUUGUGGCGGUGAUCCUUGGAUUUCUUUGGAUUGAUGAAGAAGGCCUAGGGUUUGAUCCAACGGUCAUGGUGUCAGACAACGACCGAUUUAUCAAGAUUCAGCGGAACGGUUCUACCGAGCAGAUUGUUAUUGAUGGGGUCAUCCUUCGGGCGCGUUGUGUGGCUGGCCGCGCUGUGACUUGUUGGAAAGCCCACCCCAAAGGACAUCCAGAGACGCCGCUUAUCAUCAAGGAUUCAUGGCAAUAUCCCGAGCGCGAUGAGGAAGGCGAUCUUCUGCGUGAAGUGACGGACAAAGGCAUCGUAAAUGUGGCCCGGUGUUAUCACCACGAAACGGUCCGGAUUCGCGAGACAGAUGAUGACAUCUGGAACAACGUUCGACAUGGUCUAGAUAUCACGGCAGCGACGAAUUACCGGCCGGGAUGUCAGGUACCACCAAGCAAGAUGGUGAAAGAUGACUCGCGGAAGGGCCGUCCCGGCAGCAGCAAGAAGCGGCCCACCAGCCAAAUCGACUCCGCUUUGCCUCCAAGCAAGCGGUCCUGCUCCAUGUCUCCAACGAAGGUGCCAAGUACCCCACCCAAUCGGGUUCAUCGGCGCAUUAUUCUCCGGGAUUAUGGCAGUCCUAUCUACGAGGCGACCUCUCGAUCAGCCUUCCUUGCUGCUCUGGUAUGCUGCAUUGAUGCCCACGAGUCUUUAUGCAAGGCAGGCAUUCUCCACAGAGACGUAUCCAUCAACAAUCUCAUCAUCAAUGAGGACAGUCGCAACCCAUCCUGGUAUGCUUUUUUAAUUGAUCUUGACCUGGCAAUUCGAGAGCCAAGAGAAGGGUCCUCUGGUGCCAAGGGAAAGACUGGCACGCGAGCGUUCAUGGCAAUCGGGGCGCUGCUCGGCGAGCAGCAUUCGUUCAUGCACGACCUCGAGUCGUUUUUCUGGGUGCUUUUCUGGAUAUGCAUUCAUUAUGAUGCAGAUGGCAAGGAUGUUGGCCCGACCGGGUUUGAUAGGUGGAACUACGAGAGCGAUGACACGUUGGCUGAGCUCAAGAUGGGUGUAGUUGCUGACGAGCAAUACUUUCAGCAAAAGAUUACGGAGAGCUCCACUGCGCAAUACCAGCCACUAGUACCCUGGGUCAGAAAACUUCGGAGGGAAGUAUUCCCUAGUGGGCGUAAAUGGGACAGAUCAGAGCCUGGGCUUUAUUCCUCCAUGAGGCAGGUUCUUGACGAUGCACAGAAAGAUCCAGAGGUGCUGGCAAACACGUAA